AUGCCUAGAGGAAGAGGAAAACAAAGCCACGCCAGCACAUACGGUCGAUCCCUGGAGUCUAACGGACGCAGCAAGGCACCACAAGCCGCUGCGCAUCGCCGGGGUGGUACACAUAAGGUGCGCGAUUCAGACAGGACGAAUUCUAUAUAUGAUGCCUACAACUACAAAGAGCUGCUCGAUGCAGCAAAAGAGCGCGGUGUAUACCGCAAGGACAUGAAGAAGGCAGAAAUGGCGUGGGCGUUGAAGCGAAACGAUGGAGACAAGAAACGCGCUGAACGCGAAAACCUAAAUGCACUCCGCAAGAAGCAAAAGGAAGCGAAGAGGGCACAGGAACGUAUCGUUGCAGAACAGAAGGCGUUCAUCAAAGCUAAACUCCGAAGGAAGGUCGAGAAGAUGCGGAAAAAAGAGCGAGCUGAAAGUGUCAGUGACGAUACCCAGAGUGAAAAUGAGAUAGAAGCCCAGCAAAACCUUCCAGAUGAGUAUAUGGGCGAGGCUAUAGGAUACGCACUCAGCGUCUCGUCCUGGGAUAGCACUUCGACGGAAUCAGUUCCCGACCCCACCAAUCACCACCUCAUACCAUCCUGUAAACUACAACUCUUGGAAUGGCCACACGAAAUCAUGCCACCUGUCAUCCCGUCUUGUUAUCUCUGUCACGUCCCCGCUCUCCUACCUACAAGAAAAUCCUAUACCCCACUCAAGAUCAUCACAAUAACAAGCAAGCAGAAACUCUGCCUCCCAGGGCUCAAAUACCCUCCAACCGUAGACCCGGACUUUGUCCCCCUUCUCCCUGACUCUGUGCGCGCCGCAGCCCACGACGGGCGUUUAGAAGGCAUACUGCGCAACGCUGUUAUUGAAACAGGUGAAGAGUGGGCUUCUCGAACCCUUGUGCAAGGAGAUAAUGCUACCCUGUAUUUUCAUCUUGGCAACGCUAGUAACCCAGCAAAAAGCCUUGCUGAUGUAUACGGCAAGUGGAGUAUGGAAGAGAGAAGAGCGAGACGCGUAGAUAGGACGUGUGAAGCGUAUCGUGGAGCGAAGGAGGAGAGGAAGAAGAAGAGAAAGAGGAUCAAGGGGAGGUUGAUGGCUGAAGUGUAUGACACUUGCAAGUGGAGGCCACGGGCUGUGGGUUACGUACCUGCGUAUCUGGACUUUGGGCUUAGGGAAAUACGUGAGGAUGAGAAAGAGCUGAGAAACUUGCGGUAUGUGAGGUUCAAUAGUUGCGAUGUGCCGCAUUAUUGUUUUUGGGUACGACAUACGAAA